ACUGCGGGUUAGCGUGUUCGGAAUGGCGGCAACAGGCGACCGUGGCGUGCAGCCGGCGGCUGAUGGGCCUGACACCUACCGCUCACCGCUGGCCUCCCGCUACGCCAGUCCGGAGAUGUGCUUCGUGUUUAGCGACAGACACUGGGUUUGCCUAUCACAGAUGAACAAAUUCAGGAGAUGAAAGCGAACCUGGACAACAUCGACUUCAAGAUGGCAGCUGAGGAAGAGAAGCGAUUGCGACAUGAUGUGAUGGCUCACGUGCACACCUUUGGCCACUGCUGUCCCAAAGCUGCUGGCAUUAUUCAUCUGGGUGCUACGUCCUGCUAUGUUGGAGACAAUACAGACCUGAUUAUUCUUAGAAAUGCAUUUGACCUGCUUUUGCCAAAGCUUGCCAGAGUGAUCUCUCGGCUGGCCGACUUUGCUAAGGAACGAGCCGAUCUUCCCACCUUAGGUUUCACGCAUUUUCAGCCUGCUCAGCUGACCACAGUUGGGAAACGUUGCUGCCUUUGGAUUCAAGAUCUUUGCAUGGAUCUCCAGAACUUGAAGCGCAUCAGAGACGAUCUGCGCUUCAGAGGAGUGAAAGGCACCACUGGCACGCAGGCAAGCUUCCUGCAGCUCUUCGAGGGAGAUGACCAGAAGGUAGAACAGCUUGACAAGAUGGUGACAGAAAAGGCAGGGUUUAAGAGGGCUUUCAUCAUCACAGGGCAAACAUACACACGGAAAGUGGAUAUUGAGGUGCUAUCUGUGCUGGCUAGCUUGGGAGCAUCAGUGCACAAGAUUUGCACCGACAUACGUCUCCUGGCAAACCUCAAGGAGUUGGAGGAACCCUUUGAAAAACAGCAGAUUGGCUCCAGUGCGAUGCCAUACAAGCGGAACCCUAUGCGCUCGGAGCGUUGCUGCAGCCUCGCCCGUCACCUGAUGACCCUCAUCAUGGACCCGCUGCAGACAGCAUCUGUGCAGUGGUUUGAACGCACGCUGGAUGAUAGUGCCAACCGACGUAUCUGUUUGGCCGAGGCAUUUCUUACUGCAGAUACUAUAUUGAAUACGCUGCAGAACAUUUCUGAAGGAUUGGUGGUGUACCCCAAAGUCAUAGAGCGGCGUAUUUGGCAAGAGCUGCCUUUCAUGGCCACGGAGAACAUCAUCAUGGCCAUGGUGAAAGCUGGGGGUAGCCGCCAGGAUUGCCACGAGAAAAUUAGAGUGCUGUCCCAGCAGGCAGCCGCUGUGGUCAAGCAGGAAGGGAGUGACAAUGACCUCAUAGAGCGUAUCCGGGCUGAUACCUACUUCAGUCCCAUUCACUCCCAGUUGGACCGUUUACUAGAUCCUUCUUCUUUCACUGGUCGUGCAUCCCAGCAGGUGCAGAGAUUCCUAGAAGAGGAGGUAUUUCCCCUGUUGAAACCGUAUGAAAGUGUGAUGAAGGUGAAAGCAGAACUGUAUCUGUAGCACUGCAAAAGAAUUAAAUGAAGAAUCAGUGUUGGUUAACUUUUAUUGCUGAGGCAUGAAAACAGUGUCACUGUAGUGCCUUGUCUUACUUCAGGAAGAAUUGUUGCCUUAAAUCAAUACAGUGCUUUUUCCUUUCCAUGGUACUUUCAUGUAUAUCAGGGUUCACAGUGCAGAAGUAAAUUAAAUUGUGUGUGGACUGUUUUUUACAGCAACACAGACUUGCAUCAUAAAGGUAACUCACAGCUUACUCUCUGUUCUUUCAAGCCACGUUUUCCAGCUGCCUCAUCAAGUCCUUUCACAUGUUCACUUGAUUGUGCGGUAGCAAGAAAUUCCUGGUCCUCCUGAAGAAUUUGAUCUGGGUGUAGCAAAAUAAUGUGGGCUCAGUGAUUCAGUAUAGUAGGCACUUUUAUUUCAGUUUUGUUUGGCUACGUAAUGAAAUUUGAAGCUAUAGUAAAAACUCAAAUGAUAUGCUCAUCAGGCCUGCUCAGCUCAAGUUGUGCCAGACCUCAUUUCAUCUUUUGAUAAGGUCUCUUGUGAUAAGGCUUGUAUGUCAGGGACAUGCUAAUUGUGUAUAUUGAUUUUUCAAGACAUUGACAAUCUUCACUCCUUGGAUUAAACAUGGAUUUAUGGCUGAUUGAGCCAACUGUAGCCACAGAGUGUUGAGUAAUGAAUUACCCUCCACUUGGAAGGGGAGCGCUAGUGUUAAUGCCUCAGGCCUCUAUUCUUAGCCCUGUCUCAUUCUACAAGAAUUUCAAUUUAGAUGAAAAUAAAGUUUAUCAGAUUUUCAGAUGACCAAAACUAGGAGAAUUAAGCAAAACGUUUGGUAUAAUAACCAAGAUUUCAUCUACCCUAAACAGACUGAAAUGAUGUGGCUAAAACUAAGGAAAAAAUUAGUAAGGGUAAAUGCAGAUACGUUAACCUUAAACUCAGGAUGAGCCAGAAGUGGGUGCCACUGAUAUAAGACAGUUUUAGGAUGUGUUAGUGGUAGCAUAACCCAAAAAACCAAGCCCAUUGCCAUUGAGUCGAUUCCAACUCAUAGCAGCCCUAUAGAAUAGGGCAAAACUGCCCCAUAGGGUUUCCAAGGCUUUAAAUCUUUACAGAAGCAGACUGCCAUCUUUCUCCUGUGGAGUGGCUAGUAGGUUUGAACCACCAACCUUUCGGUUAGCAGCUAGUGCUUAACCACUGUGCGACCAGGGCUCUUCAGUGGUAGCAUAGUGUCCAGAAAAGCCACUAGAGUCUUACUGCUCCACACUCAGAGCAUUGUGUUCAGUUUUGGCAGUUACAGGAACAGGGAUAAAAUGGAGCCAGCCUCCAAAGAAGGAAUGCUAGAACUCUAUUCUAUACAGGAGAAAACUUGUCAAGGCUUCAGAUACUGUUGUGUGGAGGAAGAGUGAUUAUCUGUUGCCCCAAGAGCCCAUUCCCAUUGUUAAGGGUCUGAGAUAGUUUGGGGCCAGACAUGGGAGCUGCUGUGAGUGAUCUCUCCCCAUGGGUCAAGCUGAAGCUAGAAGACUACGUAGUUAUCAGGAAUGGUGUGAGGAGAGACUGAAUUGUCUCCAAUUGUAUCUAAUCAAAAUAGAAGUAAAGAACUCAGCCUAUUAGAAAGAAAGAAUAGGAGGAGGCCAUCCUUAAAACCAGAUUCUAAUGCAGUUCAGUGCAGCGAGGAAGGAUGGAUAGCAUAGAGCCAGAGGAGAUCUCAGCUCUUCCAGAAACAGUUUGGUUACUCCCUCUAUUAUUCCUCUUAUAAAAAUCUUGAGGGGAUGCUUGAAACCAGUAGUUCUGCCCCAAGGAAUAAAGUCAUAAGGCAGAGCAAGCUUUCUGUCUGCUUCUCUGGUAUGGCCUCAGAGAAAGCAGCUACUGUCAGUGUAUCUGUAACAUAUAUUGCAUACCAGUCACACUGGUUAUAUCAGAUACCAUGGAUUUUAGUUCAUAAAUUUCCUCACAGAAAAUAAGGAAACAAGAUAAUAGUCUUGCUGUGAUGAUUCUGCCGCUGGAUUUAUGAUCCCUAGUGAUUGGUGAUUUGGCCCGCUUUUCUUCCUGGACUGUUUGAAUGGGUGGGUUUGUUUGUGGUUUUUCCCUCUCUUCCUCUCUCCAUUCUUUUUUGUAUUUAUACUUACAUACUUGUGAUUGUAAGGUUGCAUAGUGGCUAAGCACACAGCUGCUAACUGAAAGGUCGGCAGUUUGAACCCACCAGCUGCACCGUGAGAGAAAGAUGUGGCAGUAUGCUUCUGUAAAGAUUCCAGCCUUGGAAACCCUAUGGGGCAGUUCUGCUCUGUCCUAUAGGGGUCGCCAUGAAUACUCAGAAAAUGUCACUUCCUUUCUGAGACCAGGAGACUUCACCCACCUACCUCUUUCCUCCAAGUGUGCUCAAUGAGCGAGCAGCCUGAGACUUCAGGAUGCUGCUGUUUGGUUUGCCUGCCAUAGGAAAGGUACCCCUUGAACUUGAACCAGCCAGGGAAAAAAAAAAGGCUGGCGGGCUAUAGAGCAGAAUAUUAAGUGUGGUUUCUUAGAUAAUGGGUUUAAGGUGACUUCUUUAUGUUUUUGUGUUUUUUCAAGUUUUAAAAUAACAUUUUUGUUUAAAUAAACUUUUUAUUUUAGAAUAGUUUUAGAUUUACAGAAAAACUGUAAUGAUAGUACAGAGAGUUCCCAUUUACACUGUACCCAGCUUUCCCUAUUAUUAACAUCUUACAUUAGUAUGGCAUAUUUGUCACAAUUAACAAACUGAUGUUAAUACAUCAUCAACUGAAGUCCAUACUUUACUCAGGUUUCCUUAGUUUUUCACUAAUGCCUUUUUUCCUGUUCCAGGAUCCCACCUGGAACAGAAAUUGCAUUUAGUCAUUGUAAUAUACAUUAUUUUUAAAAUACUGGAAUUCGUUUAUUUAUUUCUUAGAAGAUACGUUCUUUAUCAGAGAUGUGGUCUAACGGGCACAACAUUUAGUUCAUAAAUUUAGCUAAUUCUGAACUUAGGAAUCUAAGUAGUAUUUUGUUUCUCCACUCUGGAUCUGGCAACUAUAUCCUUACCCUAGUAAGUGCUGUGUACAGAGAAACAGGUCAGAGGACAAGCUUCUGAGGAAGUGGUUUAAAUGCUGAGUAUGGAUGGUAAUUUGCCUUCAUGGAAAGUCCAAACUGAAGAAGAAACUGAGUUGAGUCUCUGGCUAACAGCUCAACAUCAGUACCAGGGAGGACCAGAUUAUCUGCUGCUGACUACCUGGACAAAGGUCAAAUGAGAUUUGAGGUUUUUUAAUGGAUGAAAACAAAUAUGAGGCCCUCCUGAUCAUUUGUCACAUAAAGGUCCUUUGGCUUUAGAAAAGACAUGCUUGAUCCGGCCUUUCAGAUUCUGACUUGUCUUCUGCAAGUUUUCUGUAUUUGUGUGGUGUCAGACCUUCCUCUUCUAUCCGCCACAAAUAGGGCAGAAAUGGAGGUUUGGUAACAUUCUAGCCCAGGAUGCAGUGGAAAGGGGCCUCUUAGGAACUACUGCAGACUCCCUUGUCCCUAAUCCCCACAAAGGGAUUCCUAGGAAGUACCAGUAUCACUCUUUAAUGAGUGAUACUAAGUGGCCACAUAUGUGCGAGAUUGGGAGGGAGACUGGCGCCAUAAAGGCUGAGUCUGUUUCCAUCCACCCAUGGAUCCAUCCUUUUCAUUGCUAUGGCUCGAGGGCCCUGAGAAAUCCUCUGUUAAAGUUUAAACCCCUGGAAAAGUGUUACACCGUGCCUAUGGUUUUAAACUUUAAUAGGACAGCUGUCUUUCAAGUAUUUAGGAUAGUGCCAGUUGUAAGAAUCUUAAUAGGUCAAGUAUAUUUUAAGUGUAUACUGCAGAGGUCCAAAUUUAAAGUACAGAUCGCAAAAGGAUUAAACCCACCAUUGCUCAAAUUGCUCAUUUCCUUCAAUGAAAAAAGGCAAAAUGAGAUAUAUUUAUACUUUGCAUUCAGAAAGCUUCAUUUCUUUUAUGAUAAUUGAUGGAAACAAGUAUUUACAAAAUAUUUUUCUUAUUUCUGCUCUGAGUUUCAUACUUUAACAAUGCGUUUUUCAGCACCCUGCUGUACUGGGCAUACAGUGGCGAGCAAGACUGGCUUUGCCCUGCUGUCACUUACAGUUGCAGCGCAGGAAACAGACUGUACACUAAAUGUGAGAGGGGCUCCUCAAUAGCUGGGUCACGCGUAGUUCCACAUGUAGAUACAGGGAAAGCUCUUUAAGCGACAUGGAGAAAAGGUGCUGUUGAGAUGAUACAACUUUUUAAUUACAAGAAAUCCACACAGCUUCUGCUGGUUUUCCCUGGGGCUGUGUUUUCACUUUCACUUUCUCCAUUGUGGUGAAAGUGUUGUUUUCCCACCUUUGUGGGGAAUUACUUUACUACACCUGGCUCCAUCCACCCCCUACUGGGCAUUGCCAGAAUGGAGAA